UACAAUCUCUCUAUAAAUAUAUGUGGGCUAAGCUUGCUAACCAUCUAAGCAAACCAGCCCAUUACAUACACCUAUCAAGCUAUCUAGCAUGGCCCACGAGACACUCAGGCAUGGCCUCUGGCUACUAUUAGUGGCCUUAGCAAUUGCUCAUAUGGCUAAUGCCGGCGAUGCCGACAUCACCUCCGAUUUCAUUAUUCCCCCAGACCUAAAAGUCGUUGAUGGCCGCUUCUUCACCUCCACCAGCUUUCGGGCACUAGCCAACUCAACAAAACCAACAACGUUUAAAGUCACAAAAGCGAGCAUGGUCGAAUUUCCAGCACUCAAUGGACAGAGCGUGUCGUAUGCUGCCCUACAAUAUCCACCGGGGACUGCCAAUCCACCUCACACCCACCCUCGAUCAGCAGAGCUCUUGCUGGUCAUGUCUGGGUCGCUCGAAGUCGGAUUUGUCGACACGACGAACAAGCUCUACACCCGGACCCUCUAUGCAGGAGACAUGUUUGUGUUCCCUAAGGGACUAGUGCACUACCAAUUCAACCCCAAUAAUACUAGCUAUUCCUCUCAAACGCUUGCGAUCUCCGCCUUUGGAAGCGCAAAUGCCGGGACGGUGUCGCUUCCGGCAACCAUCUUUGCAACAGGCAUCGAUGAUACAAUCCUUGCUACAUCAUUCAAGACAGAUGUCGCGACUGUUCAAAUGCUCAAGGCUGGACUUGCACCCAAACCCUAAAACGAUUAUUGAUAUUGGCGUGUUGUUUUUAAAUAAGGAAAGAGAAUAAAAUUCAAUUUGAUUUGGUUAUGGUAGGCUUAGUGCCUAUCUAUUUAUUGUUGUCUUGUGAUCUUCUUUUUUAAAUUCAAAUUAAAUCAAGCUUAUGUAUGUGUUUGGUUGCACCAAUCGUGAUAUUUUGACGUUAGGAAACAAUUGUUUGUAUGA